CGUGUUUAUAAUAAGAAAAAAAUACAAUUAUAUUUCAUAUGCACUAGCAAGUUGUAGUGUAUAUAUAUUGCAUAGCAUAAAUAAUUUGUGUAUGUUGGGUAAGAUUCGGUCCAAAUAUUUUAAAUAUUAGCUGCACGAUUAGUCUAAAUUUUGGAAAUUAUGGAAUGACAUAUAUUGUUUAGAUAUUUAUUUUGAGUGUUUCAUGGAAUGAGAUUUCAUGAACUAUAGUUUGAUUAUUUUUUUUUUGUAAAACUUUAUAUCCAACUGUUUCAAUAUUGGAUAAACGAGUCAUUGUGAGUGUGAUGAUAAACAAUUGAUAUAUUAUAACAUGAUCAUGUUAUACAUUCAGCCAAAAUUUAAUAUAUCUCAAUUUAGAGUUAGAUGUUUUCACUUAUAAACUAACUUAUAUUGUAUCAAUAUCGUGGGUGUCCCGGAGGGACUAACUUAGUUUUGGUAUAUACACGCCAAAUUCUCAAACCAUACAUUCGGUGAUUCGGAUUAUACACAAUGAAUAACAAUAUUUCUUGAACACUAUAUGAAUAUUAAUUCAAGUAUGACAACAAAUCAUUUAAUAUAAACAUAGUGUAUGCUUGAGAUUAAUAAGAGUUUCAAGAUAUAAACAAAAUUUCUCAAAAUUAAAUUAAUAGUUAAAAGAAACUCACCCGGCCAAUGACUGGGAUCAAAGCUAGUUUCAUAGAUUAAAAGAGAAAUGAAUCACUACAACUCAUCGCCCGGUCGGCUUUCUCCUGUCUUUUAACCUUCUGAAGCAUAUCUUACCGACUGAUUCACUCCCCACUUCGUCAGCAUUCGUGACGUGCGUCAUUCAACUUCCCAGUCUCCUACCAAUAUUAAUUAAUUAAUUAAUACACUUCCCCAAAGCUCCACUCCUCCCCUUCCCUCAAGAAUCAAAUACUAGAUAAGAUUACUUUUGCUGCAACAGAAGGAAUAUCAACACCACCAAAAAAAAAAAAAAAAAAAAUGCUGCCAGCAAUUCUGUCGAUAUUCUUACUGGCUUUCGUCGCCGCGAUCAACCUUCAGUUGCUAGCCACUUCUCGCAUCAACACCCUCCUCUUCGACCCGCAACGAGAUCACGACUUGUACGUAGCAGCAGCUUUCACAACAACAACAAGAAGAAGAAGAAGAAGAAGAAGAACAAAUGUGGACCACGACGAGCAGCAGCCUUGUAACAACAACGACGACGAGGGUCUGAGCAUGAAUGCGUUUCUUCACCCGCAGAACCUGAACCAUGGAAUGAGCGAUGAGGAGCUUUUCUGGAGGGCUUCCCUGUUGGUGGCUAACUACUAUCCCUUCCAUAGGGUCCCUAAAGUGGCUUUCAUGUUCUUGACUAGAGGGCCUUUAACACCAGAGAUGAAAUGGAAACCCUAAAAACCUGAUUUGUUCUCAUUCACUUUGAAGCAUAUAUAUGGUUUCCAGUAGCUACAGUCCAAGUCUUGAAGGUGAAAGAAAGUGAAAAAGUACAG